AUGGUUGAAGCUAUUCAAACGGUUGCGCGCAGCCGAAUCCGCUACUGUAUCUGGUCGUCUGCUCUUAACGCCUUGUUUGGACAACAGUACUAUAAAUGUUUGCGAAUCCGCUGGAAACCUCAUAUACGAAGACCCACGGACAGCGAUUUUUCGAACGCGCGGGAUUAUCGGGCCUCAAAUGUGCUGCAAUACAUUCUGCCUGGAAAACUACUCAAUGACACGACGCCGACCUAG